UUUAGAAAUAAUUAUUUUAUAAAUAAAAUUUUGUAUUGAAGCCCUAAUAAAUAAAUAAAACACGAUUUAUUGUAUUUUCAUAGUAAGUACAAUGCACAGUGAUAUACUCUUAUUUUAUGACAUGUUUACAGCGCGUGAAUGUGAAAUGAUCUAUUUACGCUUUUCAAAAGAGCUUUAUUGGGUAUGUACAUAAUCCGUUAAAAAGUUAAAUAUUCCCCAAAAAUGAAUAAUAUAGAGGGAAAAAUAAAAAGAUGGAUAGAAUUAAUUCAAAAAGAACAAUUAAAAAGUGUAACAGAAGAUAUUCAGGCUGUUGUUUGUACAAAUUUAAGUGAAAAAAUAAACAAACAUAUUUUCAAACUUUUAUUAUAUUUGUCACAUACUGCAGACAAGUGUGAUAAAGAAAAUAAAGUUAUAGGAAGAGAGCUUUAUGAAUUGACUUGUCUAUUGUGUUCAAUUUUAAUUGAAGUACCAGAUAGUAAUAAGUAUGUCUCUAGUUUGUUCCAUAUAAUUAGGUGUUUACUGACUAUGUAUAUGUUUAAAGAAGCAUCUGAUAUAUGUUUGUAUUUAAAAGUGGAAUGUUAUUCCCAUGAUAGUAUGAAUGAUGUAUUGAUAAAAAUAGCUCAUUUAUGGUAUAACUCUGUUAACAAUACAUUUUGUGCUCUACAAAAAAGUCCAACGGUCUCUAAACAUUAUUAUGAUUUAAAAAACAUUAUAAGGUAUGAACUGGAAAUGAUACAAAUAGCGCACAAAAAUUUCACAAAAUAUUUGCUUAUGAAGAUAAGUUCAUAUUUGGAUAAAAUUUUAGCUAUAAAAAGGGAGCCAAAUGCAUACUUUGUUGAUUUUUAUACAUUUAUAAUUGAAUAUAUGAAUCAGAUAGAACUGGUUUUAGAUAUGAAUGAAAAAUAUAUUAUAUGUCGUCAUGUGUUUCAUAUAAUAAGCAGAAUUAUAUGUGAGAAUAUUAAUGAAAAAUGCUUAAAGUCUGUAACAAAACUUCUCAAUACUAUAAACAAUAAUUUUAAAACAUUGUUAAUGGAAGAUGAAGAAUGUCAUCAAUGUUUUCUACUAUUUGAAUCUAUGUGCCUUAUACUCCUCAGACCAGUUGAAUAUUUAAAAGAAUGUACUGCUAAAAAUGUUCAAGAUUUCAGUGAUAAUUAUAUGACAAUUGUUAAAAAAUAUGGAUACCAAAGAUCUAUUAAAUGGACCACAUUUAGCAUUGUUCAGAUAUUAGAAACACUUUUUAUGUACUGGGAAAAAUGUAUAAAAACAGAGAAAAAGAUGUUUCUUAAAAAUGAUAUAUUAGUGCAAAUGAUGAAUCUGAUUGCUUGCAUAAGUGUAUGUUUUACUGAACAAAUAUCAGAGAAGUGCAAGAGCUGUCAAAGUGAAAAUUGCCUGAUCAAGAGAGACAUAUAUAAUGCAGUAGUAAUUAAAAUACGAUGCAUCAAUGUAAUCAGCAAACUCUCAGCAAGCGAUUUAUCAAAAGAUAUCUGCAUGUUUGUUCAAAGAUUUUUAGAAGAGAAUGUAGCAGCUAUUUAUGAAAUGAUGAAGAAUAACUGUAAAUGUUGGUCACAAUUAUGGAGCACAUGUAGUGCUUUAAUUUAUAAUUUAGGCAUAAUGUUUGACUGUUUUUAUGAAGAAAGUGUAUCAUUAUUUUCAUUACUAUGUUCUUCUAUCAUACGGUUUGAAGGCAUACAUUCAAAAUCUCACUAUAUUAAUCUUCAGAAUCCUAUAUGCUUUACAUUGCACAGAUUAAGUUCUGUGCAUUAUAAUCACGGCAUGUAUAGAGAAGCGAUGACAUCGACAGCAUUAAAUGCUUUAUUGAGUUAUGAUGAUCCAGAUUCAAAAGCAUUUCGUAUGUGGGCAAAUAUAAAACAUAAAUCUAUAACUUCCAAAGAAAUAGUAGAAAUGACUAUAAUAACUUGUUUAAAGAAUGAUAAAACGAAAAUGGAAGAACUAGGAUUAUCCAUUGAAUUAUCAAAAUAUGAUCUUGUUGAAAUAUGUUUAAGAGAAGUAGGAGGUUUACAAGAAGCGAAAAUUAAUCUUUCAUGUGCCAUAUAUCAAGUUCUUAAUGAAAUGGAAGUACUAAAAGCAACUCCAAUUCAGUAUGCCCGUGCUGUGCAAAUGUUAGCAUAUCAUUUAUUACAUUUUGAUCAUAAUGAGGAUAUUUCAGAAUGUCUUGAACAAGUUAUUUCAAGAUUGAAACAAAUUAAAUCAAAUACUUAUGUUUUGAGUUUACUAGCUAAUUUAGAAUUUUAUAUUUUUAUAACUCAAUUGAACACUAUGAACAAACAAACUCAAAUAGAAAUGGAAAAUACAAAAUUUGCAUUAUAUGCUCCAAAAAUGUCAGAAAUUGGAGAAAACGAAUCUCGGGAUGUAGUACCAGUUUAUACAAAGAUAAAUAUUAGAGAGGAUUCUAAACUCUUGUUGUAUUUGCAAAAACCAUUAAAAAAAUGGAACAAAUGUUUUCAGAAAAAUAUUAAAGAAAUUGCAAAUAAUUACGAAUCAAUGAUAACACUGAAGACAUUGAUAAUAGCUGGCGAAUAUGCCCGUUUACAUCGAUAUCAAGAAUGUGAAAUAAACUUAUGGAAUCUUGCGUAUGCAUUAGCUUCUGAGCUAAAAAAUAAUUAUGCAAUUAUUUAUGUUGUUGGGCGUAGUAUAUCAGUAAGGCACAUUAAUCUGGAAUGGAUUUCCAUUGGUAAGAAACUUGCAAAUGAAUUGAAGGAUUCCCAGGAUGAAGAUAUAAUUUAUGCAGUUGCUAUUUUUUGGAUAAGUUUAUCAGACUUUUACUUUGAAUGUAACAUGUAUACUGAAGCCAGAACAUUACUUAAUGAAUCCAGAAAACUUCCAGGAAUUUCCUUCUUCCGUAACAUAGCUGUAUAUUUGUACAUUUUAGAUAGAAUUUUGUACAAUUGUUAUUUAUACCAACAAAGUAUUAAACAUGAAGAAUACACACGAUAUAUUGUUGAAACUUUAUAUACUCUGGUCAAUUUGAAUGAGGAACUUUCUACAAAAAAAUGGAGACAUCAAGACAAACAUUUAUUCGGCUUUGACAUAUUAUUAUCUUCAACUAUUAAUUUAUCUCUACGAAUGAACAGUUUGCUGUCUUUUCGAGAGAUCGGUGCACAUUUAGUUCGACGAUUGAAAACAGCACAAACUUUGGGCGCAAUAGCUAGAGUUGCAGAAAUAUUAAAAGCACUUUGCUACAUUGAUUUAUCACGUUCACAGUUAAGUGACUGCGAAGUUAAACUUCAAGGAUUAGAACAUAUGUUAAAUAUUGAAACAUUCAAAGUAUCAAUGAAUACUAAAUCUACGAAGAUGGUGUCAGAAAAUGUUUUGUUAACACCAGUUCAAGUGAUAGAUCCUAUUAGAGACAUUCCUCAAAAUGAUGCUUCGCCAAUUCUUAGGAACAAAGUAUUCGACUUACCUGAAUUUAUGCGCCAUAAAGGGUGUGAUUGUUACAUUUGUAAAAACAUAUCCUAUCAGUAUUUAGUCUUUUCAAGCACGCACAUUCGAGCUCAGUUGUAUGCGUUACAAAAGAAUACUACAGCAUCGUUACAACACUUUCACGGUGCGUUUAAAAUAAAAGAGAAUUUAAUGAAGCUAGAGAAACGCACUUCAAAAAAUGAAAACCAAUACAUCUCCUGGCAGGAACGCUUUUAUAGUGUGGAUUAUGUACUUCUGCUAAUCAAUUUUACUUAUUUUUUGAAAAAUUAUUUACACUCGAAACAAGAAAAAAUAUUAAAUAUUAUCUCGAUAGCGAUUCAAAUAUGUGAUAUGUACAAACUGAUAGGACAUCCAAUUUAUAUGACUGUUAAAGAACUAUUGAUUGAUCAUCGUUUCCUGCAAUCAGUCAACAGCUCUGUCUCUUCAACAUUCACUGUUCCUGAUUUAGCUGAUAUUGAUAUAAGUGCAUUUGUACACAAAUCAACAAAGGAAGAGAAUAUUUGUGUCACACCAGUUAAUAGUAAUAUUCGAAUUAAAAAACCUAUUACUCUUCAACGUAAUCGAACUCCUCCGCUUUUAAAAUUAACUAAAGUCAGCAUGAACUUUAGCGACGAUGAAGAUAAUAAUUCUUCACCACCGCCAACUGAAUUAAGAAGAACAAGAUCACGCAGUAAAUUGAUAAGAAGAAAAAUUUUAGAUGAGGAAUAUUUAGACCCUGCUGAGAAUGCAAAAGAACCACAAAGUAAUUUAUCGUUAAAAGAACAUAAGAUCAAUAACGUUUCUAUACGAGAUAUCGUUAUAAAAGUUACAUCAGUAAUACCAGAUAUUUCAGAAUAUUUACAUAAAACAGUGAACGAGAUGGAUGAACCAGCAACAGAGAAAAGUAUACAAAAAUUAAUUGACAUAAUAGAAAAUUAUAAAAUGAACAUCAUUUCACAAAGAUGUACUAGAAGAGUGCGACAUUCGAAGCAGUUAACUUCGAGCGAUUAUAAUAAAAUUAAUCAAGCAAUUGCGCUGUUUAAAGAUUUAGCUAUUAAUGACAAACAAGAUAAUGUUAAUUUGUCAAAUAAGAAUAAUGUAACAUCAGCAUCUAUUUCGUGCCAAAAGCAGUGUAGAAUCACAGAAGAAAGCAGCACAGAAAAGUUCGGCCAAUCUAAUAAAAUAGAUAAAAUAGAUAAUUUAAAAAAAGCGCCAGUGAAUGAAAUUACGAGAUUAAAAAUUAUAAGGAAUUCAACAAAAAAUAAUAUUAAAAAUAUGGAGAUGCAUACUAUGAGAACCAGAAAGUCUAAAGAGACAUGAUAAUAUUAUAACAAACAUUGCUCACAUUGUAUAUUAAAGAUUUAAAAAUUGUAGUAUUUAUAUUUUACAAACU